GUCCCUAUAUAGCUGUGUGUGAGCGUGUGAGUCGGUUUUUGCCGCAAAGAUGAAUAUACAGCUGCAUGUGAAUGAGGCUAGGAACGCAACGGUGAUUCUGUCUUUUUUCUAGAUGGCGCAGUUCGCUUCAAAGACGCUCGGGGCGAGAUCCUUCGCUCCGUGCGUCUCGGGAGGUUUGCGCGUUUUCUCUUGCUCGAAGAGACAAGAGUCUUCUCUCGCGACCAGAGGCGAGAAGGCCGCUCCUCACCCUGCUCGCGCGCCUCUCUUGACCAGCGCCGUUUUCGCUCGACAGCCGGCACGCAUCCGAUCGCCUCCACCUCGAAUUCUGGGGACAGACCCCCAAGAGAGGAAACGAGACAGAAACUUUCGUGGACGCCUCAGAGACACCCAGUCUCCUUCUUCUCUGUCUCCUUCCCCGGCCUCUUCUUCGCCUCCUCACGAUGCUUCUUCUUCUCUCUCAGUGUCGCGAGCAGAGGGGGGGAGACCCUGGAGCUCCUUGGAAAAGCGAAGGGCGUUGGAGAGGAGCGGCGAGAGCGAGAGGGGGGAGAGGCGACGGCCGGAGAGCAGGUCGCAGAAUGCGAGAGACAGGGACUUCCAGUUGGCGCAUGCACGGCAGAAGGCGAACGGGAAGGAGCAGAACAUUUGCGCAAUCACCUCCGCCCUCUGUCGAGAAGCCUCGCGACACGCUGCCCGCGGAGACGCUGCCCUCUUCCUCGCAACGCUCUCAGCAGCUGCACACAGUGCAGAGCGGCCUAUAGAGGUCUCGCAGACUUUGCAUGUCUUGGCGACCGUCUUCGCCUGCAAGAAGGGGAGAAGAAAAGUCGUUUUUCCCCUCCCUGCCUCGACCGUGUGUGCCACUGACCCAGCACCCCCGCCUGACGCCCAGCCGAAGACAGAGGCGACCGCGCGGCUCCCAGGCUCUGGGGAGGCGGAGGUGACAGGAAGAGAAGAAGGAAACACAACGGAACAGGCGGCGCUCCCUGAGGAAGUGGAACAGCUUCUCCGACUAUUAGCCGAGAAAGCCACACAGCGGCUAGAGCUCAUGGAGCCGAAGUCGAUCUGCAUCGUCGCGUCCGCCUUCACCCUCUUGCGACGCUUUCCUCCGCGGGACCUUGCAGUCGGUUUGCUGAAGACGUUUCCAACUUUUCUGCCGAUCAAUGCAAAUGGCUACGACCUCACGUGCGUCGCUUCUUUUCUCGCCACAUUUCCUCGGCAAAUCUGUGCGACGGUCGAUGAAGUGAAUUCUCUCCAGGCGUCUCGACUUCCUCUCCCGGCUCCAGGAUCUUCUUCGUCUCUCUCUUCCUCUUCAUCUCUCGUCGCUGCUUCUCUUCUGCCGCCGUACCCUGCUCUCUGGCAGGACAUCUUGGUUCGUCUGCCUCACGAGCUCGCGGCGCUCUCUCCCAUUGCUGUUGCGGGGCUUCUGCAUGCGUCCUGUUCUCUGUCUCUCAGUCUCUCGUCUCCUGUCUCUUCUUCUCCCUCCACAGAAGAGGCGCGCGCCUCCUGGGCGUCUCUCCUCGACACGCAGCGCGUGGUUCACAGGGACAUUGUUCUCUUCCUCAAACAAGGCGACCGCUGUGCUCCUCUUUCAUCCUCAACUUCUCUCUCUCCUCCGUCUCCUCCGGCCGUCCGUGCGUCGUUUUCGCCUGCAUGGGGCGGAGGCGCCGGCAGUCCUGAGUGUGGAGGCGAUUCGCUUUCGUAUCACUGGCGGACGCUGGAGAAUCAGAGUCAGAUUCUUCGUUUCCUCGGAGAGGACGGCGUCGCGACUCCUCCGAGGUCCGGCGAAGGGCCGGCGCUUGCAGCUUCUCCUUCUUCGCCUUCGUCUCUCUCUUCGCCUCUCUCUUCGCCUCUCUCUUCUGUCUCCGCUCGAAGCCUCGCGACUCUCUGGCUGUCGGAGGUUUUGCGCCUUCUCCAGAUUCAGCUGCUCAGGCGCGUGCCGCAAAUUCUCGGAACUGCCAAGCCGCAACAAAUUUCCAACAUUGCGCAUGAUCUCCAGUGUCUAGGCUUUCUCGCUCCCGUCUUGCGGCCUCUUGCUUCUUCGAGGCCGGAGGCGCCGGUACCGCCUUCUGGGUUGAAGCUGUUUGACCAACUGCUGGAGGCAGCGACGGCGAAUCUUGCGGAUUUCUCGUCGCGCGACUUUGCCGUGUUUCUCUCCGCUGUGAGCCGAGUCGUUGAAUCGCUGAAAGUGCAGGAGUCGCUCUUCCUCCCCUUCCCGGAAGAACGGUCGUCGUCUUCCCCCACCCUGUCACUCCCGAAGGCCGCCAAAAAUCCAGAGCUCGACAGUCUCGAAGCGCGGGAAGCCGCCGCUCAGGCUGCCUCUGUCGCCUCCGCACUCCGGCGCCUCGAUGGAUCGGGCCUUCUCGGGACUUCGCUUCUUUCUGUCCUUCCUCGAGCGACUGCCAAGGACCUUCGCGCCCUGAUCUCGGCGUUGCCCCGCGUUUGGCACUUCCGAGACAGAAUGCUCGCGCAACGCCUCAAGUUGCGGACUCUCGCGCCUCGUGGCGACGCGAAGCGCGGCCUUGACAGAGAGAAGAAACCGGAGAAGGGAGGCGCAGAGACACGCUUGCAAACGGAGCUUUCAGGCCUUCUAGGUGAAGGCCCUUCGAGUCGCCAGCGCAUGCAGGAACUCGCCCUGCUUCACAGUCUCCUUCACCGACUCCACGCUGGGCGCCAGAUCCAAGAGUUAGAUCCCAAAGAACUCGCCGGCCUUGCCCUCGACGUCGCUCGCCUAAGACCCUUCGCGCUGGAGACAGCUGCCGCGGCAGCCUCGACCGCGGUCGACGCGAAGCAGCACCUCGUCGAGGAGACACUGUCGGCGAUUUGCCGGGCCAUCCACGACCGUCUUGGCGCCAUCUACCUUGCCGGGCGCGCAGGCAACAGCUUAGCUCGCGAGGCAAGCGGUCUGGCCGACCGCGGAGACAAGAAAGGAGACACGUUCAGAGACCUCGGCGACGCUUCGGACCCGCCAGGCCCUCGUCUCGGCGCCCAGGCGAUGACGGCGCUUAUGUCAGCGUUGCUUCACGCGUCUUCCUCGAAACUCCUGUCGCUCGAGAGCCAACGGCCUUCGGAGCUGCUGUUGGAGAAGACGCGUUUCCCCCUUUCCCUGGCGCUCCUUUCUCGGGACCUUCUGGAGUCCCUGCGACCGCGGCGGAGCCCAACGAGGAGACAGACGCCACAGGAAGGAGACACGUCGGCCAGCCAGGAAGCCGCCGGGGCCUUGGCGCUACGCGGCACCGACGAUGCCCUCGAGACGUACGCCGCCUGUCUGUUGCGUCGCGAAAGAGUUCUCAGUUCCUGUCCCGCAGAAAAACGGCGCGACUCCAAAUCCCCUCGGGAUGCGUUUUUCUCUUCGUUCUCGCCGCUCUCUUCUUCGUCCUCUCGGUCGUUUCCCUUCGCUUCUUCGUCGGACCUUCUCCUCUCUCCUGAGGAAGCAGCGGCGGCAGGACCUUCCGCGGACCCUCAGGUUGGGCCGGUCGCCCUGUCGACUGUCUGUUCGGCUCUGGCGCAUUUUCAUAAACUCGGAGGCUUCCCAGACUCUGGUUGUUUUCGAGCUGCUGCUGACGCGCAUGUACGCGAGUUUUCGCACGUGGAAGACGGAGACAGAGACGGCGACGCGCGUCAGCUUGAGGGCAGCGAGGGAACUUCGGCCUCCGGCGAAGAACUCUUUCCUGGAAAAGAGACGCGGUGUUCGAAUCCGGAACAGCCCGGUCUCCCGCGUCACUCCUCGACUUUGUUCAGUUUUCCUAACUCUUUUCCUUUUCCGUUGCUGUCAUGGGAGAGCCUCGAGUCUCCGUCUAGCGUACAUCCCGGCUCCGGCCUUCCAUCCUCUUCGCUCUCUUCUUCCCUCCACGGGUCCAUCCCCUCUUCUCUGCUCGCUCCUUCGUCUUCUCGGUCUCCUGUCUCUCCGGUGCCUUGCUGCCUCAGUUCCGUCUCCUCGAACUUGCUUCCUUGGCUGCUCUUCCGAUCUCUCCAGCAACUGCCGGCUUUUCAGCCUCGGGAUAUUCUCGCAGUGCUCGAGAUGCUCUCUGUCCUCGGACCCCCUCCAGUGUCUCUCCCUCGCGAGUUUGGCGUCCUCGACGGCGAAGCUGGAAGCAGCGAAAACGGCCGGCGAGGCGCCAACGAAUCCCGAGAGGCAAGUGACGGCGGAGUGCACGCAGAACUCCAGACCAGUGGGCUCCGACGAGAGGCUCUGCAGGCGGCCUUGGUGGCGUCUCUUCUCCGGGCGGCUGCGGCGCGUUUGAGGCUUCUGCCGUCUGAACCUUCCGACGACGUCGACUCCGACUCUCCUUCUCUUCUUCCUCCAUUUUCCCCUUCCGGCGAAGAACAGCAGCUGGAAAGGCCAGUCGAAAGUGGAGAAGACCCCGCAGAGGCUCGCGGCGUUUCGCCAGGCCUUCUGAGAACCACCGGAGCGUGGACGCCGAGUCAGGUGUCUCUUCUUCUUUUCUCUUUCGCUCGUUUCGCCUCUUCUCCAGUUCCCUUCGACCCUCCAGCCUCGCUGUUUCGGCCGCUCCUUCUCCACUUUUAUCUUCUCCUUCCCUCUUACAGUUUGUCUGAUCUCCUCCGCGCUCUCGCGAGUUUCGCUAUCCACCGUCCCUGCUUCUUGGUCGCUCUGGAGGUCGCUGCAUCGCACAGCGAGGCUGCCGCCUCGCCGGCGUAUCUACCGUCUCUCCUUCCCUCUCCGCGUUUGUCUUCUCACGAGUCCUUCUGCGCAAGGCGCGAUGCUUCUCCGGCUGCGCGCGCGCCCAUUUUACUCCCGGGGGAGGACGACGGCGAGGCUCUCGAGAUCCUCGUCGCGGAUGUGUGGAGGCAUGUGCGGUGGAAGCUUCCGCGGCACUCGCUGUCGGCGUCACAGUUGGUGCAGAUGAGUGACCUUUUUCUCUUUCUGGAGAAGGAGUUGGAGCGCAAGAGGACUCGGCAAAACGGAGCCUCGCUGUCGCAUUCAUGUUUCGAUCGUUGCGAAGGCCGAGAGGGAGAGCCUGUUGCCCGCAGAGACACACUCCGGGCGCAGAAGUCCCUGCCUCAGCAGCAGCAGCGCCUGAGUCCCGGUGCCUGGAGGAAAUUCGUCAAAAUCGGCGACGCAAUUCACGAUCGAUUCGCUGCCUUCAAAGUCCAGGAAGGUGACGAAAGGGGAGAAGAAAGAAGCGACGGAGGGGAAGUACAAGAACAGCGCGGAGAGGAAGAGGAGGAGACAGAUUGUGGCGCUGAAGGUCGCGAAUCGCCGCAGCUGAGAAGGGAUGAAGAGGCGAGGGCGUCUGUACCUCGAGACGAGACGAAACGAUGGACACCAGGAAUUGGAGAGGGGAAGGAAGCGGCAGCAGAAGCAACUGGACGAGACGCCAGCACGCAGGCUCUGGCGAAGAGACGACGGAGAGAAGAAAGGCUCCGAGGAGAAAGGGAAGAAGAGACAGUGGAGCUCUGGUGUCGCGCUCUCCACAUUUGGGGGCAGGCAGGCUGCAGAGACAUGCCAUUUCUGUCCUUCGCGAUUUCGCGACUCAAGCGAACUCUCCUUCGCGCGCGAGUCGCGAGAGCAGCCGAGGCGCAGAAUGGCAGGAGGCUAGGGAGCGAAGCAGCAGACGGAACAGGACGCUCAACGGAGGCAACAGAGGCGCGGAGACUCGACGCCGCACGGGUCGCAGAGACAGGAGACGCGCUUGAAGGAGCGAGCCUCAGCUCGAGUCGAGAAGACGCGAAGACGGAAGAGAGCAGACGAAGUCGAGGAAACGGACGAGGCAAAGAAGUGGACGUUUCUCCUUUCGAGAAAGUCGACCUUCUCGUCGACGCCGCCUUCGGCCUCAGUCGCCUCGGGUGCACCACCACGACUGCGCAUCCACACCUGAACGCUACAGCGAACGAGGUUCUCGAAAUACUUUUCGAGGACAUCUUUGCCGCGCUUCGUCCGGGAACGCAUGCAGCGAAGGCGAAACAAACGGACGAAGGGUCGUCGACUCCGCACACAGAACCAGAGGGAAUGCCCGAUUCAGAAACGCAUGCUCUUCGUGAACUCAACAAUUCCGUCUCCUUGUCACCUCUCUCUUCGUCUCCGAAUUCUUCGUCUCAACCGUCCUCUUCUGCAUCUUCUGCUGUGUCUUCUUCACCUUCUUCUUUGUUUUCUGCGCCUUCUUCCUUCGCGUCGGCUUUGGCUGCUUCUCCUUCGGAGGCCGCUGUGCCCCCCCUGCCAUUCGAGCGCGCGAUUCGCCUGUUGGCUGCCUUCCUGCUGUGGCGGCCGCCUUCGAUCUUGGGUCGACGCGUCGCCGUGGAGUUCUUGUCGCUUUUCCGAGGAUAUCCUCAGAUGUCUCGCGUCUUGGACGACAUGCGGAGCGACCCCAGGCGCCGCCUGCGUUCACAAGAGAGCAAAAGAGCGCGGCGAGGCGUCGGUCGAAGAAGCGAAGUUGAGCGGGAGAGAGCCGCGGGGACCUUUGAGGGCGCGAGAGAGGUGAACGAGUUCCAGAACGCUUCAGUGCAGCAGCGCACAGCGAAUCUGUUGCGGCUUUUCACUGCUCGGUGCGUGUUUGACUGGAAUCUCUCAGCGGAUUCGCUUCUCCAGUGGAACAGUUUCUCGAGAAACUCUCCACUUUUUGAGGUCGCAGAAAGAGACGGAAGGCGACUCGAGCGCCUCGGCGCCGCACGGGGAGGUCGCGAAGCCCCAGAGGAGCGAACGGGGAGCCUGGAAGCGGCUGAGGUGUAUGUGCAGCUGCUGAGGUCACUGGGUCGGUUUGAGCGCGAGAGCGACGGAAAGACCAAGGCGGCGAGUGAGGUCGAUGUUUGGGGUGAAGACGAAGCGGAGUUGGGUGUGGUGGACAGCGGCGAAGUGCGAAAGGCGGGAGACUUGUGCGAAGCAGACAUCGUGGACAAGACGCUGCUUGCAAGUCGCGCCCAUGAGGUCUCGAAGCGAAACGAAAUCGUGUGUCUCCUUCGCCGUCUCCACCGCAAAUUCGUCACGCACUUGUCUCCGGCAUCUUUCAGUGAGACGCGGAGGCACGCGCUUUCAACAAAAGAGGAAAACAAGGAAAAGAGUCCAGACCAGGCCGCUGUACAAACGCGAGAGACAAACGCUCCCCACUGGCUCUUCGGAGGGGCUGCGAGCGGCAAGGCCUUUUUUUCUCCAACAGAAGAAGGAAGAGAAAAAAACGAGAAACAGCGAGAGGAAGACUGCUGUGGAGUGAGGAAGAAAGGAGACGGCGUCGACGCGUUUCUCUCACAAAGAGAGGAGGCAGGACAGGUUGAAAACGCAGAGUCGUCUAGAGAGAAGGCACCCGGUUUUAUCUUCGCCUUUGACGAACAUGCAGCUGUCUUCGACGACACCGCAAGCGACGACGAAGAGUCACUCAUAUUCUCUUCUUCUCAGGAUUUUUCGCCUCUCUCGGGAGCGGCGAGAAACGAUGCAGACUCGAGUCAACAGAGCAAACUUCGUGCUCAAGAGAAACUGCCGUUGUUCACACAGGGAGCGCAGACGUCUUUCCCUGCUGUCGCUGCGUCGCCCGGCGGCACGGAAGGGGAGGCUGGCUCGGCUUUCCGAGCUUCUCGGAAGAACGCGGUAAAACUGCAUGCAGACGCCUCUUCCUUGACGGAACUCGAGAGAGAAGUACUCAGGAAUCUCCAAAAACUGUCGUCUCACCUUUUGUCUCCGGCUCGCAAACUCCACCUACAGACCUCCGUCUACGCGCCUCCCUACACGCUUCCCCUCGUCGAUUCCACCUACCGGAUUGCCUUCGAGAUCGCAACUCCGGAGAAUUUUUUCCGAGAUCCGGAGGGAGCAGAAAUCGAACUGACUGCCUGGACGUCUCUGCGCCAUGAACUGCUUCAUGCCCAAGGAUGGUGUGUCGUCGCUAUCCCCCAUUUCGAGUGGACUGCCCUUCCAGAUCGUUUGACUAGGCUUCGCUAUCUUCAGCGGCAACUUCUAAAAGCUGUUCUCUCUCGAAACUCUCCUUCUUUGCCUUCCGGUGGUUUCUCCUGCUCUUCUUCCGCGUUUGCUACUGUGUCCUCCUCGGUUGCGACCUCUCAUUCUUCCUUCCUCCACUCCUCUCCCUCGACGCUUUCUUCUUCUCUGUCUCCGUCUUCUCCCGCUGCCGCUCUCUCGUCUUCGCCUUCUCUCUGGUGUGGUCAAGAGACGCCCUGGUCGGGAGAAGCGGAGAGACGCGGGGAGUGGAUCGCCAGCGAGCCUGUGAGGAAUACGUUCGACUCCGCAGAGCCGCGGCUGAGAGCGAGCGAGCUCCCGGGUGGAAGUCUUCUCAGAGAAAAUGACGGCUUUGCUGAGACGCGGGAGAACUUGUUUGCGAAGCUUGGGGGGAAGCGAGUCGGCAGGCGAGAAGAACAACGACGCCGCCCGCCAGCCUCUGAGGCUCCCCGGAGAAGGGAUGAAGCAGCGACAGACAAAGGACGGUAAAGCGGACGGACAGAGCGGCAAGCGAAUGUGUGAAAAGAUCCGUUGGCGGGUGGAGGGGAGAAUGUGAGCAUGAGGGAAAGGGACGAUACACGCAGAGAGGGAGAAACAGCCGCUUCUUCCGAGCUGGAAGGCGAAGAGAUUUUGUGUUUUUCUCUGUCGAUUUGCUAGAGUGAUAUGGCAAAUAGUUCUCUGUGUUCGUCUCGCUCGUGUCAUGUUAUCUGCUCUUGCAGUGUGACUCGUUUCGCUUGUACUAACAAGAAUCUCUUCAAAAAACUGCGUUUGUGUAUCCUUCUUUCCUCCCUCAGUACCUCCUUCUCCUCCGUCUCGG